AAUUAAAUUUGGCUGUCAUAUAAGCUUUGAUGUUUCACUGAGAUAUUAAAUAGUCAUUUUUAUUGUGCUCACUUCUAUGUUUAUAUAAAAUUAAAUGUGACAGUUUAUUGUUUCACCACCUAUUAUAACUGAUAUCUUCUGUAUUCUUUUUUAAUGCUGUAAAUAUAUAUAUAAUUAUGGUAUGAUAUACAUAAUCUCGUUUUAAUCAUAGAAAGAUAUAAAGGCUAUAAUGAAUAAGGUUAUGUUUACAAAUGUCAUAGCUUUUAGUAAAUUACUAAAAGUAAAUCAUGAAAUUACAAAAUUUGCAACUAAAUUUCUACAUAUACAAUUUCAAAUCCUCUUUUCAAAGAAAGAUGAAAUGUCUGAGAGUCCAAGAAUGCGUGAAUUUAGAAAAAAAUUAAGAGAACGUACACCUAUAGAAAAAUUGGAAGAACUGGAAGAAGGCAAACAUCCUUAUCAAGAAAAAGAACCGUUGAAACCAUUUCCAAAUGAUACUAAUCCAGAAACAGGUGAAGUAGGAGGUCCACGUGGACCAGAACCAACACGAUAUGGUGAUUGGGAAAGGAAAGGUCGAGUAACAGACUUCUAAAUAUUUUUUAGUUCAUUGUAUGUACAUAAAAAAUAUAGUUUAUACAAGAUGUAGAAUUAAAAACAGGUAUAGUUUAGCAAUUUAAAUUAGAAUAAAAAACUUAUUGUGUAUAUGUAUAAAGUAAAAUAAUAAAUAUUAUAUUUAUAUUUAAAAAA